CCGCUUUUUUGAGUCGCUCUCGUGCCCCUCCAAGUUGACUCACUCCGCAACCAUACAGACGGCCGGAGAGCUGGAAACGCUUCCAGUUCUUCAGUUUAUACAAUCAUGGUUGCUGAAGCUGCCCGGGCGCAAGAGCGCCUUGAACGAUGGGCGCAGAGACUGCAGAACCUCACCGUCUCCCCCCUCACCCGAGAUUAUCCCGAGACACAGAAACCCGAUGUGGCCAAGCGAGCAAUUGAGGCUUUCGAAUCAUUGAAGCUGCCCCAGGAUGCUCAGUCGGCACUGCAGAAGCUGUCUCAGUCCUCGGAAUCGACGUUCUCCGUCUUCUUGACGGCGUUUGUGAUUCUCGUCGCGCGUCUGACCGGAGAUGAGGACAUUGCCAUCGGUACCAGCUCCGCCGACGAUGGCCGUCCAUUCGUCCUCAGAGUGCCAAUUGAUGCCAGUGAAUCAUUCGAGCAGCUGCGCGCGAAGGUGACCAAGGCCUUUGAAGAAGGAGCCGCAGAUAUCGCUCCAUUGAGAAACCUCCGCACCUAUAUCCAGCAGAAGACCAACUCGGAACGAGAGCCUAUCCUGUUCCGCUUUGCCGCAUACGAAGCGCCUGCUGCGUCCCAAGAGUAUCCUGCCAAUACCUUCGAGACGACUGAUGUUGUCAUCAACGUGGCUUCGGGUCCAUCUGUGGCUGAAGGGGAACUGGGAGCAUACUACAACCAGCGCUUCUUCUCGAGCGCACGGAUAGCAACCAUUCUGCGACAGCUGACUCAGUUGGUUCUAAAUGCGGCCUCAAAUCCCAAUGAAGCAAUUGGGAAGAUCGAUUUCAUGACACCGGAGCAGAAGGCGAUCCUGCCAGACCCCACGUCGGACCUACAUUGGGGCAAUUUCCGCGGGGCCAUCCAUGAUAUCUUUUCUCGCAAUGCAGAGGCACACCCAGACAGAGUGUGUGUGGUCGAGACCAAGUCGGAAAGUUCUCCAUACCGGGAGUUUACGUACAAGCAGAUCCAUGAAGCGUCAAACAUCCUCGCCCACCAUUUGGUCCAGUCGGGCAUCCAGCGCGGAGAGGUCGUCAUGGCCUAUGCCCACCGUGGAGUUGACCUGGUGGUUGCCGUCAUGGGUAUCUUGAAGGCUGGAGCGACCUUCUCCGUCAUCGAUCCAGCUUACCCGCCGGAAAGACAGUGCAUCUACCUGGACGUCGCCCGUCCUCGCGCAUUGGUCAUUAUUGAGAAGGCUACCAAAGAUGCGGGUGAAAUGUCUGACAAGGUCCGAUCGUUCAUUACGGAGAACCUGGAGCUCCGGACCGAGAUCCCUGCUCUGGCUCUCCAGGACGAUGGCACCUUGUUGGGCGGUUCAGUCAACGGGGAGGAUGUCUUCUCAAAGCAAGUCGCUCUCAAGUCGCAGCCUGUGGGCGUUGUUGUCGGCCCAGACUCGACCCCCACGCUCUCCUUCACAUCCGGGUCAGAAGGUCGACCAAAGGGUGUGCGUGGCCGUCACUUCUCGUUGGCCUACUACUUCGACUGGAUGGCCGAGACCUUUAAGCUCAGUUCCAACGACAAGUUCACCAUGCUCAGUGGUAUCGCCCACGACCCCAUUCAGAGAGAUAUCUUUACCCCGUUGUUCCUGGGAGCUCAGUUGUUGGUACCAUCGCGAGAAGAUAUCCAGAACGAGAAACUUGCGGAAUGGAUGCGCGGGUUUGGUGCCACGGUCACUCAUCUGACUCCUGCAAUGGGUCAGAUUCUUGUCGGAGGUGCUACGGCUCAGUUCCCCGCGUUGCACCACGCCUUCUUCGUCGGAGACAUCCUUAUCAAGAGAGACUGUCGGUCUUUGCAGACGCUCGCCCCCAAUGUCAACAUAGUAAACAUGUACGGUACUACUGAGACUCAGCGGGCUGUCAGCUACUACGAGAUCCCUAGCUAUUCCAGCAAUGAAGGAUACCUCGACACUAUGAAGGAUGUUAUCCCUGCUGGUCGCGGAAUGAAGGACGUCCAGCUGCUGGUCGUGAACCGCUUCGAUCCCACCAAGAUCUGCGCUAUCGGCGAAGUCGGCGAGAUCUACGUUCGCGCAGGAGGUCUGGCCGAAGGGUACUUAGCCAACCCGGAGCUGAAUGAGAAGAAGUUUCUCACGAACUGGUUCGUUGAUGCGCAAGUCUGGGCUGAGAAGGAGAAGUCUGAACCCGGACCCAAGGACGAGCCUUGGCGACAGUUCUACCUGGGCCCAAGAGACCGUCUGUAUCGCAGCGGUGAUCUGGGUAGAUACACCCCCACGGGUGACGUUGAAUGCUCUGGACGUGCAGACGACCAAGUCAAGAUCCGUGGAUUCCGUAUUGAGCUUGGUGAAAUCGAUACCCAUCUUUCCCGACACCCAUUAGUGCGUGAGAACGUCACUCUGGUGCGACGAGACAAGUUUGAGGAACCGACUCUUGUCAGCUACAUUGUUCCGGACAUGAACAAGUGGGCAGACUGGUUAAAAAGUAAAGGCUUAGAGGACGAUGAUUCUGCUGAGGGAAUGGUUGGCAUGCUCAGGCGAUUUAGACCUCUGCGUGACGAUGCUAGGGAACAUCUCCGCAGCAAACUCCCCGCUUAUGCUGUGCCAAGUGUGUUCAUCCCGCUCAAGAGAAUGCCUCUGAAUCCCAAUGGCAAGAUCGAUAAGCCAGCGUUGCCGUUCCCAGAUACAGCCGAGCUUAGCGCCGCUGCUCCUCGCCGCAAGUCCUCUACUCUUCAGACGUACUCAGAGACUGAGCAGGCUUUGGCUCAGAUCUGGGCUAAGCUGAUCCCAAAUAUCACGGCUAAGAUGAUUGGGUUGGAGGAUUCCUUCUUCGACCUUGGCGGCCACAGUAUUCUCGCUCAGCAGAUGUUCUUCGAUAUCCGACGCAAGUGGAGAGGUAUCAAUAUCAGCAUGAACGCCAUCUUCCGCAGCCCUACUCUCAAGGGAUUCGCCGCUGAGAUUGAUCGCGUGUUGGAUCAGGACUCUCUGACCAGCGGCGAACAGGGUGAAGGCACCUCUGAUGCUGUGUCGUCCGGUGCUGGCCAGCCAGAUAAUGAGUAUUCCAAGGACGCCAGGAAGCUCGUUGAAUCCUUGCCGUCCUCUUUCCCUACGCGUACAGAGCCAGCUGUCUAUGAGGGCACGACUGUUUUCCUCACUGGAGCUACCGGUUUCCUGGGUGCAUACAUCCUCCGCGACUUGCUCUCACGCAAGGGCCCUGUGGUCAACGUCGUUGUCCAUGUUCGAGCUAAGAGUGAGGAGCAAGCUCUCGACAGGAUCAGGGCUACAACUAGAGCUUACGGUUUCUGGGAGGAGUCCUGGGUUGGUAGAAUCCGCUGCGUGACUGGCAACCUUGCAGAGCCCAGACUGGGUCUCUCAGAGCAACAGUGGGAUGAUUUGUCUCGUCGCGUAGACGUUGUCAUUCACAAUGGAGCCCUUGUGCACUGGGUGUAUCCGUAUGCGAACCUCAGGCCCGCCAACGUGCUCGGAACCAUCGAGGCCCUGAAGCUUUGCGCCGUCGGCAAGCCCAAGCAGUUUUCCUUUGUCAGCUCCACGAGUGUCCUAGAUAACGACCACUAUGUUCAAGAAUCGGAGCACAUUGUUACUGCUGGAGGAGCUGGUAUCAGCGAGGCUGACGAUCUUGAAGGUAGCAGUGCCGGUCUGGGUACUGGUUACGGUCAAAGCAAGUGGGCAGGAGAAUACCUUGUCAAGGAAGCUGGCCGCAGAGGUCUCCGCGGAACCAUUGUCCGACCUGGAUAUAUCUUGGGUGAUUCUCUCACUGGAACAACAAACACCGAUGAUUUCCUUAUCCGAAUGAUCAAGGGUUGUAUCCAGCUUUCGGCACGCCCCAACAUUAACAACACCGUGAACAUGGUUCCCGUCGACCAUGUUGCUCGUGUCGUCAUCUCCUCUGCCUUCCAUCCUCCUACCACUCCUUUAGGAGUCGCCCAAGUUACCGGUCACCCUCGACUGCGUUUCAACCAGUUCCUGGGGACUCUCCAGGCGUACGGCUAUGACGUUCCUCAGGUUGACUACGUUCCCUGGUCCAGGUCGCUUGAGCAGUAUGUCAACGACGGCCAGCACGAUGAUAAGGAUUCACAGCACGCACUGAUGCCUCUUUACCACUUCGUCACUGCGGACCUCCCCUCCAACACUAAGGCACCAGAGCUUGAUGAUACUAAUGCCGCUGCGGCUCUACGUGCCGAUGCGGCUUGGUCCGGAGUUGACGCCUCCGAUGGCCGCGGCGUCACUGAAGACCUGAUGGGUCUUUACCUAUCCUACCUCAUCUCCAUCGGCUUCCUUCCCAAGCCAGCUGCCACCGACAAGGCCACCAGGCCCCUCCCUGCUGCCCAAAUCAGCGAGGACCAGAGGAAGGCUCUAUCGAACGUUGGUGGUCGUGGAGGAGCUGCAUAAGCAGCUAACGUACAUAAACAUGGCUUUCGUGUUUAUAUAGAGGACUUUCCUUUCUCGAUCCUACGCUCUAGAUGGAUGAACUAUACAGAAGAGGGGGCCUUUGUUUCUUUCAAGGGUGAUUAUCAAAACGAGACAUACAUAAAAAGAAGAGCCUGUCAAAAAUAGAUAUGGGGUGUAUGUAUUUACGAUUUACCAAAAUGUUGCAUGUACUGUGGCGCGCUUAGCACUUUUCGGAAUUCAAAAAGGAUUUUUUUCUUUUCACGCGUCAUUUCAGUGCGUUGUAACAGGUACUGCUCGCAUGUAGGAUA